AUGUUUCGAGGGAUGCGGAGGAGCAGGACAACCUCUAACUCGUCCUCUGAAUCGUAUGACAAGUCCAUGUCAUCGUCUUCUAUGUUCCCCUCCCCUCCGUCCCCGUCCCCCUCCCCUUCCUCCUCCUCGGCUUCUCCUCCCUCUCCUCCCUCUCCUCCCUCUCCUCCUGCUCCUCCUGCUCCUCCUGCUUCUCCGGCUGCCCCGAUCCCCCCACCUUCCCCGGUUUCGCCUCUCUCCACCCCGUCGUCCUCGUUUUCCUCGUCUGCUAGUGAGGCAGCGGCACCGGCAGCAGCAGCGUCGAUUGGGAAGUCAAAAUCCGAGCCCAUCACCACUGCUGCUCGUGCUGCUGUCCACACCACCGCUCUCGUUACUGUCACUGCCGUCCCCUACAUUUCUCCCGUUACUGUCAGCAAUGUUAGUGCCAUCCUCCCUCUGCCCGUCCAAUGCAGCCUCUCUGCUGCCAACCCCAACGCUACUCUUACUGCUGCUGAUGCUGCUGCUGCCGCUGCUGCUGCUGGAGACUGA